CUCAAAUCCUCUCUCUUCGUAGUAAAAAUGGCACGUAAAUCAGUUAGUUCAAGCUCUUCUGCUUCUGCUUCAGGCAUUCGUAAGCAGUUUGCCAAGUUUGUGCAAAAACGUGAAGAAGCAGCCUUCGAACAGUCAAAAGAAUGGGCUAAACGACUCUCCGAUUCCUCCAAUGCAGUUCAACAACUUCAGAAAAAUAUACAAGCUGUUAUGAACGCGCCUAAGAAUGGGUUUGAAGAGUCUGAUACGGAAGAAUCAUGUGCUGAGUUUCUUCAUUCGGUAAAAGACACCAUCAACACAUGCUCGAUUGCACUUCAACGCGUGACUCAGGCCCUACAGUUAAUUGAGAAGGAGAACGGAUCUGAUUUGAUGAACACCCUGUCAGAUUUGUCAACACAGACGCAAAAAGCGCAAUUGUAUCUGGAAUAUACUAUUCCACUCGCGCAUCGCCAACUCAUCCAGGGACUCUCUCUCUCGCUUCAGUCGGAAGAUAAACAUGAGACGUAUUAAACGAGUGCAUCACUG